AUGCGCUCCACUCUCGGGCUUCUUACAACCCUCCUCAGACUAGAGUCAAUCGAGACAACAGCAUUCGUCAUUCGGUGCUUUGGCUAUUAUGCCUCCGAGUUUCUCCAGCACCAUCCCGACGUCCUGGACCCCGACCUAGGCCAAGUCAAGGCUCGCGUUCACCUCACCAUGGCGCACCGGCCAGUCAGGUGGCUCUGGACUCAGGAACCCGCAGAGGCUAAGAGACUAUGGCAGCAAGAGGAACAUGCCGCCGCCUUUGCUCUGCGCAUUCUUGAUCAUUUCUUCGCCCGAGGUGACUGUGUAGAUGACUGCGACAUUGGCAUUGCCGUCGGUCAAAUCCACCAGCGGCUCUGCAUCCUGCAGUCCUUGUUCCUAGGGAACAGUGCCUGGGUCGAAGACCCGACUCUCCAAGAAGAGCUCAGGGGAGCCCUUGAGGAUGCCAUGAACCGCACCAAGCGGAGCCAAGUAGCUCCCUUCGUGGGCACAGUGUACUAA